GCGGGCAAUUCGCUCGACUUUCUUUUUCUCUAUAUCUAUGUCCUCCUCCAUGUAGCCUCGCUCGCGCUAGGCGUUUUGUCCGCUCAAUCUCUUCACAACACAAAGAAAGAAGGAGCGACACCGCCACCCCACAACGGCCCAACUGGCUGGGCCGGUCCUUGUAGCUUCCCCAAGCUUAUGCACUACCGAAUCUCUUGACCGACCAUUUGGCUGGCGCCCGGCCGUUAAAGAGAGCUUCACGUCUCCCAUCUCCCAUCCACCGCGCUUCAAAGAGUUGACAUUGGUUCAUUGUCAGCGCCCACAAACCGCCGGCCCCGCGAGGCAGUAGCCAUGGCGUCGCCGCCGCCCAGCGUCGUCCCGGCCCAGCUCGGCUUCCUGGCCAUUUACAACCCCACCCUGGGCGCGAACGACGACACCAUCGAGGACCAGCUCGUCUACUACGCCUCGGUCGGCACCCCCCAGUCCGGCCGCCGCCGCAGGGCCCGCAACCGCUCCACCUCGGCCGUGUCCCAGGAGGAGCGCAAUGAGCGCCUGCGCCAGAUCGGCCUCGCCCAGGGCAUGGUCGAAUUCGGCCGCAGCUUCUCGGGCGACCGCCCCGUCGACACGGUCGAGACGGAGAAGUCCAGAGUCAUCAUGCACGAGCUCGAGCCGGGCUGGUGGAUCCUCGCUUCUAUCGACUUGACAAGGCUGCCCGCUCAACAAGGCAAGCAGGCUUCGUCGUCUGCGUCCAAGGGCAAGGGUGCAGACCCCAAGGCAGAUGCUGCCGAAUACUCCUCCAGGGAGGUCAAGCCGUCGGCGCUGCUGUUGCAGGAUCUCAUGCGGGCUCACUCUGUCUUCCUACUACACCACGACUCGUCGUUGAGCUCCCUCUUUGUCCGCACGAAGCGUACUAAAUUCUCACACCUGAUCGGCAGCUACUGGGACAUGUUCCUCUCCACCUGGAACGUCAUGCUGCACGGCAACCCCAUCGUCAACGUCUUCCGUGGCAUCAAGGUCGCCGCCUCGGGCGAGCUGGGCAUCGGCGUCGGCGAGGAGGAGCGUGGCAGCGGCGAGCGGGAGGUACUCGAGGGAUUGAUCGGCAGGAUAGAGGGCCUCGUCGACCUUGUGGUAUCCAAGUUUGGCGAUUACAACCCGGAAAGUUCUGCAGAGGCCGAGCCCGCUGCUGCUGCCGCCGCCGCCUCUAUGAUGGAUCCCACAAAGCCACUUGAUAAAUGGCUCGGGACCGGCGCAGAGCCCGCUGCCGAAGACGGCGCCAUAUUCCUGGGCACUGGUGCCCUUUCACGGCACUCGCUCAGGAACCUCACGCACUGGAUGGAAGAUAUCUACUCGUUCGGCGAGAAUGCAUACGGGGUUCGUGAGAGCGCCACUUCUACUCGCCGGACUAGGACGCGCAGGAAGUCGGCCGCCCGUAAGCAGGCGCUGGAGCCCGUUAUGCUGCCUCCACCACCUGUCACCGAGCUUGCGCGGCGGGCCAAGCAAGCCUCGCCAACCAGGAAGUCUAGCAGCAAACCCCAGGAACGGGCGGGCCCAUCUCCCCCCGCCGCCGGCUCCGCGGGCGCCACGCCCCAAGGCGAGCCUGACAGCACUGGUAUGGCCAAGUAUGUCGACUAUCUUAAGAUGGGCUACGGCAAAUACUGGUCUAUCGGAGGCACUACAUCUCCUGAACCGACUGAAGAGCCAACCGCCGGUACCGUCCGAGGCAGUUCCACGUUAGCGUCUCCGGACACCGCCGCUAGUGGCGCACCGAUACCAAAGCAACCUCCUCAGGACGAGUCAUCAGGUCACUAUCUCAUUGGUUUGAUGGGAGAUGUCCAAGGGACCGCCGAGACCAGCGAUGACGACUCGGCGGUAGCUGAGGAUCCGGAGCACAACUCGCGCACCCUGCUGAGGACAGUGACGGUCGAGCUAGACAGCCCCGAGCUGGAGCGUUCCGAAUCGCAGACAAUGAAGGACCUGGGGAGCCACGACACGGAGCUCUUCCGGCCCAAAUCCUAUAAUGAUGAGUCCACCGAGACAGUAUCUCGCCCGGGUACCUCCAGAACCGGAUCGUCGACAGCCGCUGGCGGCGGCGGUGCUAGGCGCGAGUCGUUCAACAGCCAGGACCGCAACAAGACGCACAAGUUGCGCAUCGUCAUCUAUGUCAACCGACCCUUCAUGUUCGCCUUUUUGUUCCGCUUGCGCACAGACUCGCUCGCCUGGGACGGAUUGUACAAGUCGCUGCACUCCCAGCUCGCCCCGCUCCGCCGUCCGCUGCUCAGCUCCACCUCGUAUCGACCCGAGAGGCCCGGCGUAGGCGGCGAGGGCGUCGACGGGGUCGCGGCUGGCGUGGGUGGCGGCCCUGCCGUCAUAUACGACCUCGUUUGGGACCCCAACUCGCUCACCAUCCACUCAACCAUCCCAUCCGUCCCGGACCCGGCGGCGACGUCCAUCGGCGGCUCCGUCGCCGCCUGGUCCAGAGUUGAGGCGCUCAACACGCACACGCAAAUGCUCAACACAUACAUCGCCACACGCCACGAUCGGUCCGAGCUCGAGCGCACCUGCAAGACCAGCCGCGGCUGGUGGGUGGUGUGGAACAGAGUCACAGAGCGCGAGACGGCCGCCAUGCGGGCCGAGGCGGUGGCGGCGGCGGCGGCGGCAUCUUCCAACUCGUCUGCACUGUCCGACGACGGCAGCGAUUCCGAGGGCCGCUCCGAGGAGACCACAAAGCCCGACAGGGAAUCGCUGCGCUCCGUGACCAAGGAGAUCUUCCUCAUCCGCAAGGCGAGCGAUCACCCAGACGCCGGCUCCAGCGGCACUUUUAGGAACGUUAGCAACUCGUACGGGGCUGGCAAUUCUGGCAGGUGGGCUGACGGGGCGAGCAGGCUUGCCCAGGGAAUCGGCGUGGAUACCCGGAAGUACGUUGAGAGCCUCAUCAAUAUGAACCGCUAGUACUAGGUCAUCAACAUGAGCCGGCAGUAGGAGGUCGGUCAUCAGCACGAUUCAUCAACAAACUAGUCGUAGGAUGAAUUUUUGGCUCCCACUUCUGGGCACUUUUACUUGUAUUCACUGGCAGAAAACAGGACACAAUUACACAAGCAACGGAAUGAUACCAGUGUUCCCAAAGAUAUCUUUUGUUUGAAACAAGUCCCUAUGAUAUAUACAUUAGAAUCAGAAUCUAUGGACGCGUCCCAAAGGUCGAAUAACCACCUGGCGUUCGCAAACAAAAAAAAUCACACAAAAAGUACCACAUUCUCCUAUUGGACCAGGGCCACCUGUGCGUGGACUCCAACUGACGAGCGCCGUCAUGGUAGGGUAUAGUCUGGCAUAACUGUGAGGGAAAUGCUGUUGGCUUGCCCAGGCACAGCACCGUGGAAAUUUUUUCUUU